AAUAAUAGGUCUCAACUACCACAUUGUGGCAGAAGAAAUAUGAAGGACCCCCACCGUCAUCAUAAGAAUGAGAAGGGCUCCUGUAAUUGAUGACUCUCAUACUGAGGGAUUCUGGGGUUAGCACCUACUCGUGGUCAGGAUAAACAGAUCCCAUGUCCUCAUCCGGGAGGGACCUUCAGCAUGAAGAAGAUCAGCCUUAAGACGAUCAGAAAGUCAUUCAAUAUAAAUAAGGGUAAAGAAGAUGGAGACUUUGUCAUGCUUCAGCAGCCAAGUUUAGCUGCAGAGUUCCCAAAAGAUGAUUCUCUUUUUGGAGGUUGUUACACCAAAGAGCUUUCUGGUUGUGACCUCAAUGGUGAGGAAGAAAAGGGACACAAAAGUCGGUCCAAGAGCGAAAGUCUAAUGGGUACCCUGAAAAGGAGGUUGUCGGCUAAACAGAAAACUAAAGGCAAAGGCAGCUCGGCGGUGGGCUCCGGGGACGAUGACGACACUUUCUCCUCUUCAUCAGUGCCCAUAAGCUUUAAUGAAGUAAAAGCCCAGAGACCCCUAAGAUCUUCAUCCCUCCGUAGCCAUCAUUACAGCCCUUCCCCUUGGCCUCUCAGGCCCGUCAAUUCUGAGGAAGCAUGUAUUAAGAUGGAAGUGAAGGUAAAAGCCAUGGUCCAUUCCCCCAACCCAAGUCCUUCCCUCAACGGGAUCAGAAAAGAGUUCCACGACAUACAGAUGGAAGGACUUUUUCCCGACCAAGGAGAGUCUCUGAAGAAUCUGGAGCCUCAGAAUGGUGAUUUGCAUCUGAACAUUGAAGAACAUGUGCCUGUAGUCAUUGGACUUACACCUCAGGACUACAUCCAGUACACCAUGCCUUUAGAUGAGGGAAUGUACCCAGAUGGAUCGCACUCUUUUUGCUUGGAUGGUCCCUCGCCCAUGGAAGUCGUCGAGCAUGUAGAGGGUGAUUCGUUGCCUAUGGUUCAGAGUCAAGAUGACCAUGAUCUCAUGUCAUCAGAUAUUCUGAUGGACCAGGCUGUGAACGGACUGCUCAUCGGUACCACUGGGGUGGUCCUUCAAAACUCCAGAGCUGAAACUCCUCAGCUUUCUCCUUCUCUCUCCCCUCUUUCAAGCAGUGAGAUUCCCAGGACCUAUUCAGGGUUCAGCGGUGCAGAAUCUCACGUUGUCGAGAGGGUGAGACAUCAUCUGAACUUUGACCCUAAUUCUGCUCCGGGUGUUAGCAGGGUGUAUGAUUCAGUCCAAAGUAGUGGACCUAUGGUUGUAACGAGCCUUACGGAAGAGCUUAAAAAACUUGCCAAGCAGGGUUGGUACUGGGGUCCCAUCACACGCUGGGAGGCAGAGGAAAAGCUUUUGAACCUUCCAGAUGGCUCUUUUUUGGUGCGUGACAGCUCUGACGAUAGGUACCUCCUUAGUCUGAGCUUUCGAUCGCAAGGCAAGACUCUCCAUACAAGGAUCGAACAUUCAAAUGGCAGGUUCAGUUUUUAUGAGCAGCCUGAUGUCGAGGGUCACACGUCCAUAGUAGACCUCAUUGAGCACUCGAUGAAAGACUCUGAAAAUGGUGCAUUUUGUUACUCCAGAUCCCGCUUACCAGGAUCUGCCACGUACCCAGUCAGACUGACAAAUCCUGUUUCACGGUUCAUGCAAGUCCGUUCGCUGCAAUACCUGUGCCGAUUUGUUAUUCGUCAGUAUACUCGGAUAGAUCUGAUUCAGAAACUGCCUUUACCAAACAAAAUGAAAGAUUACUUGCAGGAAAAGCACUACUGAACUGCUUGCAGUAGGGCACAGUAUAAAAUUGCACUUUUUAGUUCAGUGAUGACUUAUUUAAAGGUUUACAAACAUUAAUGGAUGAAACGAUUGA